AGAGACAAAGGCAGGACUAAAACACAAGGGAGUAGCUUACAUAGCUGUUUGUUUGCUUAUUUAUUAUUAUUAUUAUUAUUAUUAUUAUUAUUAUCCUUUUUUAACGACUUCAUACAGUUAUAAUUGGAUUGUUGGAGGUAUCCUUGACAGGACAAGUAAUGGAUUUCAACUCAGAACCAGCUUGUGAUGGUAUAGAACUGCUGGAUCUGCUUUUUGAUAAGAACGAUGGCAUCUUAUGCCAUGAGAACUUGGCACAUCGUAGUGAACAGUCUUGGCUGAUGCAAGACCCUAAUAUGAUGAUGCCAGGUCAGGGUAGUGAAGACUUCUUCAAUGCCCUGCUGAGUGGGACCGACUCUGUGUCUGGUUCUCCGUUAUGGCCGCCCUCUCCAAGCGACAGUGGAAUAAGUGAGGACCCGCACUCUGACCAGAAUGACAGUCCUCCAUCUCCUGGGAGUCCCCCUCUCGAGUCUUGCUAUGUGCCACCACACACACAUUAUGCUCCUGCUCCAAACACAGCUAUGACCAUCAAUCCUGAUGGCUCGGGGUCUGGUAUUUUACAGGAAAAGGGUGCAGGAAUGCAGAAUGCAUGCAAUGUACCUCCAGUUCAACUGGUCACCUCCUUCCCUCUCACCAUCAAGAAUCUGCUACUCUCUGGUGCUUCUGAGCCUCCUCCACCAACUUCAGAGCAUGCUUGUCAGGAGCUGGUUCUCAACGAGGACGAGAAGAAGUUACUAAUCAAGGAGGGGGUGACUUUGCCAAGUCAGUUUCCUCUUACCAAGUAUGAGGAGAGGAUUCUGAAAAAAAUCCGCCGGAAGAUCCGCAACAAGCAGUCUGCGCAGGAGAGCAGGAAGAAGAAGAAAGAUUACGUAGAUGGACUGGAAAGCAGGAUGGAAGCUUGCAGUGCGGAGAACCAGGAGCUACAGAGGAAAGUCUUCCAGCUGGAGAAAUGUAACAUCUCUUUGAUGGAGCACCUGCGUCGGUUGCAGGCUAUGGUCAUGAAUAGAUCUAACAAACUGGCUCAGACCGGGACCUGUGUGCUGGUGCUUCUGCUGUCAUUUACACUGAUUCUUCUGCCCAGCCUGAAGCCCUUCACCGAGAACAAGGUCAGCCAGACUGGAGACUUCAGCCCACUUAGAGUUCAGUCACGGUCACUGCACAGUCUGCAGUCCUCUCGGGUGAUGCAUGCUCUCGAACGCCCUUACUCAGUGGCAGAUGAAUCCAAGUCUGUUCCUGGUUUUCCUGAAGGUGAAGGCAUGGAGCAGAUAGAACCUCUAAUUGAGAAACUUCGUCGAGGGCAACACUUGGCUGAUUACAACUUAGGAUCUCACAACACUAGCAUAGACCAACAUGACCAUUACCAUGCUGAUGCCAUUACUGGACACACAGCGACAGUGACCUUGAGCUCACAGCAUGGUGCAAGGCUCCAGCCACACGCAGAUGACAUGUGAAGGGCAGGGAGGGAUUUGUGGUAGGAUUUCUCCAACCUCCUUUCAUAUGAGUAGAGAGAACAAAUGCUUCCAGCAAAGCAAUGUAGCCUUUGGUCCUGUACCUCCUAAAGUAAUAAGUGGCAGAUGAAAUGUUAUAAUGCUAAGAUUUAGACCUUAGAUUUAGACUGAGACCUUAGAUGAACUUUUAAGCUGGACUCUAUCCGCACAUGGGUAAUACAUAAAAGGGCAGAGAUAGAUUGUCAGGCAGCAAAAUAUUCAGUCAGCCAAGUUUGCCCUUUAUUAUUAAUAACACUUUUUGUAACAGAUUUGAUAAGUUAAAACUCAUUGCUGGUACCAGAAAUCAAUUUAUACAUAGGUAUAUAGGUUGCAUAAAACAAAGUAUAAUGUCCAGAAAAUAAUCCAUUCUCAGUGAUCAGUGGGAUCCUUUAUAUUCUGCAUGUUUUUUCCGCAUGUUUUGUAUAUGCCAUGUGAUUAAGAAAUAACUCCAUGUCACUGUUUAGAUAUUUGCUUAGAUAGCAAAGCUUCUACUGAUCUUAAUGCACUGUAAAGCUGUAAUCAUACCUGUAUUUCAAGCACUUUAUGCAUCUCUUUUUGUGGUACGUUCAAUAAACUCUUUUAAACUUA